CUUUCUGAAAAAUGGGAACAAGUCCUCUCCAAGGUCUCCGAAAAAGACUCAGAAAACCAAGAAAUGUUGCAAAAACUUGAAAAAGCCGAAGAAGCCCUGAGGGCUGCCCAAGAGCGACAAAGGAUUGAAGAGAACGCUUUUGCCAGAGAGAAACUCAACGUGGAAGAAGUUGGUGCUGAAGUGGCCGAAGUUCAAGGGAAACAUCUUCUUCUGAAAAAUCAGCUCAACGCCGCCAUUCGGCAAAAGGAAAAGCUAAGCAAAGAGCUGGACUCAAUUCAAACUGCUCUGGAGAAGGACCGCAAGCAGCUGGAAAAAACCAGGAGUAAAAGCAAAGACAUGGAAAGAUCGAUUCUUCAGAAGACCGAGGAAAUAAAGCAGUUGUCUUCCGAAAUUAAUGAUCUUCAGAAGAAGAAGGCUGAAGCCCUGGAAAUUGCCUGCACCUCAGCCAGGAAAGCUCAGAUGGUCGAAGGACUUCUAGCUGACAGUGAAGCAUAUCGAAACUCCUUGAAGACGAAGAUCGAUCGGCUUACUAAUAAAAAAGCGAAGCAAGCCGCCGAAGUGAAAGAAAUGCAUGGGGAAUUAGCAUCCUUGACUUCUCAAAUUGCCGCUGCGAAGAAGAAUAUCAAAAAGCUGGACAAGUCGAUAAAAGAAACGGAA